CCUCAAUCCCCUAACACACAUUCAAUUCUGCCUCCCUCAAGUCUAUCUAAUCUUAAGUAUGCACCAAGUCGCCGUCUUAUUGAUUGCGAUCCUUGCGAUCAUUAGUGUUGCCAUCGCGGAGCCUUUGCUUCAAGAUGGUUACUACCGCAUUUAUAAAGGAACCUUCCACGUGCCCGCCAGAAACCGCUACUUCACUGCUUAUCCAGAUGCUAGAACUGGCUCCGUGAGGCUUGAGCUCAAAGAUGAAGGCAAACUUCAAGUGUGGCGGCUUCGCAACCAUAGCAAAGGCCGAGUGUCCCUUGAGGUCUAUGAUAAGGAUGCAGAUGAGAGGAAAUACCUCUCGGAAGGAAGAUCUGGCGCCCUUCCAGGAGCACAUCUGGGCGUUACUGAAGAGCGACAAAGGUGGUUCAUUACUAAGGUUGGAGUAAGCUCUUACACCAGAUAUAUGCUCACCCAUCCGAGAAAGUUCGAUAACCAGACACUUGUUGUCAGCGAGAGCGGCUCCGACGAAGAUAAAAUAAAUUUCGUUUCUUUUAGGUAUGAAGGCCAAGAAGGCUACACCCAGGCGUGGAAAUUUGCGAAAGUCAACAUUAACGACAGUGAAGGCGACAAGCACAACGACGACGAAGAUGAUAAGUAAAUAGUCGAAAGUUCAGGCCAAGUUCUCAGUCCAGCUUCAGUUCAGCUUCGAAGGCAAUUCUUCCGUAACGCAGAUGUUUGUACUCUCAAUUCUAUUAAUUAAAUAAAAUAUAUAUAUACU